AUGGAUAAACAGGCACAAGACGACGACACGCAAAAUUCCGGUUCAAUUGUGUCCGGCCUCACAUCUCUGGGAAGCGGCGACGACGACUUUGAGCGGCUCAUGUUACAAAAUGAGCGUGACCAAAGGCAGCUAAAAGAUGCGCUGCGUGGCGACUUCAGACCAUUUUCAAAAGCAAGAUCACACCCUCAUGUGGGCCUGACGUUGGACAAUUUGGAGAGAAACAACGCACAACAAGAUUCGCGUUCCGGCGCAGGCUACCUUGUCAAGAGGGAGAGCCCACAGAGUAGCAAUGGUUCAGCACGAGCAGACCCUCCAAUACACGCACCUAGGGAGUGGGGACGGAAAGGCAGAGUCAAACGGAAUUGGCUGCGGGCUAUAGCAUCUGAGGACCAAACAAGGUCUCCAGAGGCCCCCAACCAUUUCGCCGAUGAGGAGACUCCCCGACAGUCGAGCUAUGCGCCGGAAGAUUUACCAUUACCUUCGAUAGAAGACAGCCCGCUUUCACACAAAGGUUCCUCUCGAAAUACGCCGAACUCGACACGCCGAAAAUCAUUUGAUACACAGGAGGAUUCUGAUCUCGAUUCAUCAAUAGACUUCAACGAGGCAUCGCUAAUUGCUUCCACUCCAUACGUCCCACGAAGUACAGUUUUAGAUGAUAUUAGGCAGAGAGAAAUGGAAACGCUGCGAGAGCAGGCGCUCACGACGAACCGCCUCGACCGAAUCCGAGAGACCUCGCCUGAAGAAACCCGCCCGCGAUCCUCGUCCAAACAAUUCCCCGACCGAUCGGAGAACUUACGGCCGGCACAAGCCUUGCGAGAGGGUACACCAGAAGCGAGGGUACGGAUGAGAAGAAAUUCAUGGAAGACCAUUGGAAAAUCACCUGCAGUGAUUGGUGAAGGUGGGCAACAGCCCACAAUCUCCCCAAUCACUGUUUACAAUACAAACUCUGAAGGGAUUGAGAUAGUUGAAGCCCGCGCCCAAGUGAAUGCGCGACCAAGCCCUCAACGUCCCGGCUCCAAUAAAAGAGAAGAUUCGCACGAACUGUUACGGCGACUUGCACGCGUCUCAAAUACACCAAGCCCCGGCCGACCGAACGCUCAAAGACCCCAGACAGCACCCGCAAAGCAAUCUGAGUCGCCCUCUCCCCUUACCCUACACUCUAAACACACCACCAAUAUAUCACAACCGCACAAACAUAGCCCAGAGUCCACUGCUGAGCCUAUACCCGCUCAUCAAAAGCGAGGUAGAGAUACUCAGUCAGUGAAUACAGAAGCGGGAGGUGGAGCUUCCCCGGUAUCAAUCAAAAGGCAGGAAUCGGUGGACAUCGAAGCCACACCUGUUCCAACGUCUUCGAAAUUGAGUGCGACGACACCCAGAGUGACUGGUGCCUGGGUAGACACCCCAGCUCCUCGUACGAUCCCGCGAUCUGCUCGAUCACAGUCUAAUUCUCCUGUGAGACCACCAAAGCCUGAGGAUCCAAGCAAUUCUUCUCAUGGAAAGCAAGGUCCUGAAAUUGCACAGGCGGAAUCUGAAGGUGUAUACGAACUGGAAAGAACGCGACCAAGCAUGCCGGGUUCUGCUCUUGAGGCUAUCGUAGAAGAAGCCAGGGCGAACGGGAAGCGAGCACAGGAUCAGGACAGCUUCGGAGAUUCGACCAUCAACUCAUUGGAGGAAUUAAUCCGACCGGGAUCGAGCGUAGACCAGGCUGGAGACAUUGAUGACGAUACUUUACUAGGCCUCCAGCUUCCGACCGAGCCACCACGGAACGAGGCUGAGCGGCAGAGACAGCAAGAACUCACCCAGCUCCAUCUAAUGAAUCAAAGAUUACGCGCUGCGCGAACAAGUGUUCGGGAUGCCAGCCGUGGAAUGACGAGGGUCGAGCAUCGCGUGGAACAUAUUGAAGAGAAUGGUGAGAAGAUUAGGGUUAUAUAUCGUGACUGUCCCUGCGCUGGUCAAGGGCACCAUGGUCCUUGGACUAUUGCUUGGACGAAUUUCAAGCACCUCUUCCGCGAUCCACAAGUACGAAGGCGUGCUGGUCUUACCUGGCUUAGCAUUAUGCUUAUCACACUAUUCACGUGGUAUCUGACGGAAUGCAUUGCAUGUGAACAAUAUUGUCAUAAGCUCUAUGCCUCGUCAAUGAUAGGAUAUGGCGUCGAUCCCAAUGCCCCACGAUUUCCUUUCGUGAUUCCAACGCUUCUGUACCGAUGGACCAUCAAGCCGUGGUGGCCAUUUGUCUGGUCUUACAUUGGCCCCAUAGUAUUGGCCAUCUACCAAACCAUUAUCGAGGACGAGGCUGUAAAGACUAGUGCAACAGCAACCGCACGUGGCUUUGCAACCACUAUCCUCCAGCGUGCAAGUGCGACAGAUGCCUUUGAGUCCGACUUCAGGAUAAGCGACGACGAGAUGAUAUAG